UCGAAUGGGACGAAUCGGUUCCCCAAAACCAUCCAGUCGGCUUGGCAAACCUUUGUCAACAACCUUUCGGAUCUCGCCGCAGUUAAAGUUCCAAGGUACUGUUUAUCUGCUAACAUGCAGUCGUUGCAAAUACAUGGAUUUUGUGAUUCAUCGAUUCGUGCUUAUGGCUACGGAAUAUAUAUACGCAUCGUAGACAAUACUGGUAAUGUUCGCGUUCGCCUUCUCACGGCAAAAUCGCGUGUGGCCCCAACUAAACGACAGUCGCUACCAAAGCUGGAGCUUUGCGGUGCACUACUACUUGCCCGACUCUUUACAAAAAUUAAACCCAUGUUUUCUAAUUAUAAUUUCGAUACCUUUCUUUGGACAGAUUCGCAAAUCGUCCUUCACUGGCUCCAACUGCAUUCGGUUACGCUGUCAGCUUUCGCUGGCAACAGAGUGUCGGAAAUACAGGAUUCGACUAGGGACGCUCAUUGGAGACAUGUACCGACGAAAUGCAAUCCAGCCGAUAUUGUGUCCAGAGGAAGCACAGCGCUUGAACUUGGUGGCUCGUUUUGGCUAACUGGUCCAGCGUUUUUGUACGAAAAUAUAAACAACUGGCCUAACCAAUCAAAUGACGAGGUGGAUAUUGACGUAGUAAAUUCGGAAAAGCGAAAAUCAGUAUUUAAGGUUACUUUAACUAAUAACUACCUUCUCGAAAUCCUUGACAGGUGCAGUUCUCACACUCGUGAAGUCCGGAUUGUUGCAAGGAUGCUCCGUUUUUGCGCAAGGCUCAAGAAAGCUAAUACAGAAAUCGUAAAAGGGCCUCUCACUGCUGAUGAACUAUACCGCGCUUUGUUAUGCAUUGUAUGGACGGGCAACAACAAUAUUUUGCUGGAGAUAUUCGUCUUUUGCAGAAAGAGUCAACAACAAAUGGCAUGCUACGUAAUCUAAACCCUUUCUUGGAGUCUACUCAUGACUUUGAACUGUUGAAAGUUGGCGGACGACUUGGAUUGGCAGAUCUUCCAGAAAGCAGAAAGCACCCUAUUUUAUUACCUAGCAAAUGUGAAUUCGUCACGCGAUAUGUUCGACAUCUACACAUCAAAAACUAUCACGCCGGCCCGAAGGCGCUGGUGGGUUUAAUUCGUCUUCAGUUUUGGGUAAUUAAUGCACGCGAUAUUGCUAGACGCAUCGUCAGAUCAUGUAUACAUUGCAUUCGAUACAAGCCAAAACUACUCCAACACAUGAUGGGCAAUCUGCCUGUUGAACGCUUGACACCAUCGCGCCCGUUCGCCCGCUGCGGCAUAGAUUUUUGCGGACCGAUUAGCGUUUACCUUCGCAUUAGGGGCAAGGCUCCCUAUAAAGCCUACAUCGCCAUCUUCGUGUGCUUUGCUACAAAGGCAGUACACAUCGAAGUCGUCUCUGACUUAACCACGGAUGCAUUUUUAGCUUCGCUAAAGCGAAUGAUUGGAAGGAGAGGCCUUCCAACAGACAUCUUCUGCGACAAUGCAACUAACUUUGUCGGCGCGUGCAGCAAACUUGCGGAAUUGAAAGCGUUCCUUUUCAAGAAAGAGAACCAAAAUGUCAUCACCAAUUAUUGUACUAAUGAAUUUGUGAAUUUUCAUUUUAUUCCCUCCAGAGCACCUCAUUUCGGCGGCAUUUGGGAAGUCGCAGUUAAAUCAGCCAAGGGUCAUCUAAACCGCAGCAUCAUGAACGCCAGACUUACGUAUGAGGAGCUGACGACAGUACUAGUGGAAAAAGAAGCUGUUCUUAAUUCGCGGCCUAUCUCUCCACUCUCAUCUGACCCCAGCGAUUACGAGGCGUUGACUCCAGGGCAUUUCAUAACCGGCAGUGCGUUAAAAUCUCUACCGGAGCGAGCAGUAGCAAACAACAUCAACCUCGUCGACAAAUGGACUCAAAUCACCGCCAUCAAGCAAGUCUUUUGGAAACAAUGGUCCCACGAAUACAUAAGCGAACUUCAAGCGCGAACAAAGUGGACCACUGACCAUGCAAACAUUGCAAAGGACGCUAUGGUUCUCAUCCAUGAGGACAAUGUGCCGCCACAGCGAUGGCAAAUUGGACGUGUUACAGAGGCCAUACCUGGAAAAGAUGCUCGAGUUAGAGUGGUCGACAUACGCACCUCGAAGGGAAUCAUUCGCCGCCCUAUCCACAAAAU